AGCAUCGGAGAAAUGACAUGCAUCGAAUUCAUGGACAAUUGCAGUUGUCCAAUUGAGGAGCAGAGUCGAACUAUGGCUGUAAUCGGAUUAAAAUGUGCAUGUUAACGUACUGAAUGACGAAGCCCUGAAGCAGAGCUUCGGGCCAACUACAUUGGCUGGCUGCUCAUGUUGCAUUGUUUUCUCCCUCUUUCCCACAUUUGCGGAAAUUAACCUGAUUGUCAAGCUCAACACUGAAUUGAAACAUCACCACUCCCUUAAUAUUAAUUCAUUUUCUAUUUGCUCUUCAUGAUUCUUUCCCUGAUUGGUGGUGGUUACAUCAGCCCUGGACACAACUCAUCAAACUACCCAAAGACUGCCAUGGCUCAUUCCACAACUGCCAGACUUAAAGUGAUUUUGGGGGACAACAACAUUGAAAAACUGACACUUCCCAAUGGAAUACCAGAGUCACUAGAUGACCUUAUCGGCACGAUAAGGAGUACGUUCGGAUUAAAGUGCAGCUUGAAACUGCAGUACAUGGACCAAGAUUUUGGCAAUGACUUUUUCAAUCUGAACUCUACUGCUGAACUCCAGGAUUUGGGGACAAUCAAGGUCAUCCAGCAAACAACGUUGAUCAGUGCCACUGCAUCCUCUGCUUCUGUUUCAUCCGAGUCGGAUGACUGUGUUUCACUGGCAUCAAACGACACUAUACUGCUUUCAUCCCCCGAGUCUCUGUCAUCUCGAACCAAGCAGUGGCCAGAGGAAUUUCCAAUUCCUCAAUUUUCCUACGACACGGAGUUGCAGUUAGUGAAAGGUAAUUCUGAGUGCCAGGUUGGAAACAAGUUGUUAACCUUGAGCUCCCGAAUAAAAUCUGAUAUCUUGAAUAGAGUAGUUGAAGAAAUUUACCGAUAUAAGGCCUACCCGGAGGAUGCACAUUUCUGCACAGUUGCAGAGGCCUUAAUCAAAAAGCACCCUUGUUUAAAAGAGCCUGGCUCAUUCAAUGGCUGCUACGGCUGGAAACAGCGACUGAAGUACAAAAUGGGAAACUACCGGACUCAACUCAAAGUGCUGGGGUGUCCAGAGCUGUCAGUAAAUUCCCUGAGAUCGAAAUCAACGAUGGAUGCUUUCCCUGCUAAAAAGGUGAAGAGGCCAAAACGAGCCAAAGCCAACUUCUAUCCAUCCUUCCCUACUGGAGAAACUCAGGACAGCAUGGAAAAAGAGAGAAUAGAACUUCUGACAGAUGUCAAGAUGAGGAACAAUGAAAGGGUAAUCACGGACAAAAUGGCUUGCACGUUUGCCUACAGACGACAAGAGGUGGUCAACCAAGAACCCAGCAUUCAAGACUUUAAAGACCGGUGGCCUGCCUUGUUCCAUCAGAAAGAGAUCGAUACAGAGUUCCUGAGGCUCAUGGCUGUUCCUCUUGAGGAUAUGUUCUUCGCCCAGUUGGACAUCCACUCAAGUCAGCUAAUCAGAGUCAUCCGGGCCAAAGGUGGAUCAACACGCCAAAAGAAUGCUGACAUUUUGGACCAGGUACAUCUAGAGCAUCAAAAAUAA